CUGCCAUCAUGAGGACUCUCCUGAUCUUGGCUCUUGUUGGAGUGGCUGCUGCUUUUCCUCUUGAUGAUGAUGACAAGAUCGUCGGAGGCUACACCUGCGCCCCAAAUUCUGUCCCCUACCAGGUGUCCCUGGACUCUGGCUACCACUUCUGCGGUGGCUCCCUCAUCAAUGACCAGUGGGUGGUGUCUGCAGCCCACUGCUACAAGUCCCGCAUCCAAGUGAGACUGGGAGAACAUAACAUCAGAGUCCAAGAGGGAACUGAACAGGUUGUCACCGCCACCAAGGCCAUCCGCCACCCUAGAUACAACUCCAAUAACCUGGACAAUGACAUCAUGUUGAUCAAGCUGUCCUCCCCUGUGUCCCUCAACUCCCAAGUGGCCCCUGUAGCUCUGCCUACCUCCUGUGCACCUGCUGGCACCCAGUGUCUCAUCUCUGGCUGGGGAAACACCCUGAGCUUUGGAGUUAACAACCCAGACCUGCUGCAGUGCCUGGAUGCUCCCCUGCUGAGCCAGAAUGUCUGUGAAGCCUCCUACCCCGGAAAGAUCACCAACAACAUGGUCUGCGCUGGCUUCAUCGAGGGUGGCAAGGACUCCUGCCAGGGUGACUCUGGUGGCCCUGUGGUGUGCAACGGACAGCUCCAGGGAAUUGUCUCCUGGGGCUACGGCUGUGCCCAGAAGGGCAAUCCUGGAGUGUACACAAGAGUGUGCAACUACGUGGACUGGAUCAAGGCCACCAUUGCUGCCAACUAAACACCCUCAGUCCCUCUGCAGUCACUAUGCCAAUAAAGUAAAUGUAUCCUCAC